AUGCAAUUGUCCGCGUCCGCUCCCCAGAUCAUUUUAGGUAUUGAUCCCGGUACCCUUGUUAUGGGUUACGGGCUCAUUGCGGUGCACAAAAGUAAUAUAACCCUCGUGGAGAUGGGGGUAUUACAGCUGGCGCGGAAAAAUGACCAUGCCGAGCGGCUGGAAAUGAUCUUUAAAAAGAUAGAAAGCAUCAUCCGCCUGCACAAGCCUUCGGCCGUAGCUAUUGAAGCCCCUUUCUUUGGCAAGAAUGUGCAGAGUAUGCUCAAGCUGGGCCGGGCGCAGGGUGUAGCCAUCGCGGCAUCGAUGGUGCAUGGCCUCCGGGCCACGGAAUACGCGCCGCGUACCGUCAAACAAUCGAUCACCGGCCGUGGUAAUGCCACCAAGGAGCAGGUAUGGGAGAUGCUGAAACACAGCCUGAAGCUGGAAGAAGAAAAUCCGCGCUUUAUGGAUGCGGCAGAUGCCGUUUCUGUAGCCUUAUGUCACCAUUACCAUCAGCGUAUCCCGGAGAUUGCAGCCCUGGCUCCGGCAAAGAAAACGUCAAAAAAAUCGGGCAAUUGGGCUGCUUUUGCCGCAUUGAACCCGGGAAGGGUUUCCUAA